ACUUACCGUAGCUGAACAGCAGGAGGUUCUGUCGUGAUCUGUCAACAAGAAGCAGGAACCUACAGUAAAAGUGAAUUAUCAAACAAGAUGUCCUGACAUAGAUGUUCCUUCUUUGAAGGUUCGUAUUUUAUUUUUGUAUUUAUGAGAACAGUGAGAAUAUUUACAAUGUCUAGGGAAAGGCUUAUCCCGUUGAGACUGUAGCUGACAUGUCGUUGGAUGAAGAAGUGGAGACAAUUCUAAACGGCGAAGGACUGGAAGUGACUGAGUUUGAUUCAGCACCGGAUAAAGUCAAACCUGUCGUGCUGAGAAAGACUGUCACAUACAUAGUGUCCGCCCUUAUCUUCAACUCAAAGAAUGAGGUCCUGGUCGUGCAGGAGGCAAAGCAAGACUGCUUAAAGCAGUGGUACCUCCCAGCCGGAAGGAUGGAGGAAGGGGAGACUAUUGAGGAAGCCAUGAAGAGGGAAGUAAAGGAGGAGGCAGGCUUUGACUGCCAGCCAAUCACCUUGCUCUUGGUUCAGGAACAGGGGCCCCAGUGGAUCAGAUUUGCCUUCCUGGCAGAAAUCACAGGAGGCUCCCUGAAGACCCUGAAGGAGGCGGACGCAGAGUCCCUCCAGGCGGGGUGGUGGGACCAGGAGUCCCCCCUCCCCCUGCGGGGCCAGGACAUCAUGCGUCUCAUCAACGCCGGGCUGAAGUACCGGCAGAAGGCCUGGCACCCCACCGUGCUCCCCAUCGACCUGCCCUGCCACAUGGUGGUCCAGAGGCUGCUGCUGGCCUUCACCAGUCCAGCCAAGGAGCUCUGGCUGCUGGUGAGCUUGGCGGGCUCCAGAGGGCCCCACCUCCCCGUGGCCGUGGCCCUGAAGACCCACACGGUGACCUGGGCAGCCGACGUUAUGGUCCAGGAGGCUAUGCCCUCCUCCUACUACCAGAUGGACAUCGAGACCUGGGGCCUGCUGAGUCUGCAGCACAACGGCCGGGUCCCGGGGAAGACAGACGGGCUCUGCUUCAACCUGCUGGCCUCCUUGCUGCACAGCGAUGGCCCCCCACUGGACCAGCCCCCCCUGGUGGAGAGCCCCCGCUACCAGUGGUACAAGGUGGACAAACCGCCCCUGAAGGACAGGAUCCUAGAGAGGUUGAAGGACGUGUCGCUCCUGCCUGUACACAGUCUGUACUGAUGGAGGACAGAGAGAAUAUGGGUUCUGUUUCCUUCUUAAAGGAUCCUGUGGAUGCAGACUUAUGACAGAUGCAUGGGCUCUAAGACCAUACUGUAUAAGGCCGUGCAUGACUGAAAAGAAGUUGCUUGUUAGUGAGGAAAGGUAUCAGAGGUCAAAGGUUAUCUAAGGCCCCUGUCCAUACUGACAGAGGAGGAGCUUCAGGUAACUGGUCAUGUGAUCCUGCGUCUGUGAUUGGACCUGGCAUAGGGCCUACUGGGAAAGACUACAAAGAAUCUUUGUGAGAUUAUGGAAACAUAAAACAGAAGCUGUUUAAACGUACUGUUUUUUUUAACUUGGAAUGAUUUUAAAUAUUUAAAUGGUUGGAUAAACUGCAAAAUGUAUUAUAAGCAAUC